GUUUGUUAUGUCCUUUUAAGGGUUUCAGCACGAUUAGACUGGGGGACCUUUGCUCACCAUUGCUGUUUCUCAACGGACUCUAAUUUGAUUAACACACAGUGACGUCACAUAGGAAACCGUUUUAAGAACACAUUUAUCUUCUUCAAACAAGCAGUAGUUAGACGUAAACAUGUCCAUAUUUACACCGACAAACCAAAUACGGCUCACGAAUGUGGCGGUGGUGCGGAUGAAGAAAGGAGGCAAGCGGUUCGAAAUUGCCUGUUACAAGAAUAAGGUUCUCAGCUGGCGAUCCGGAGCGGAGAAAGAUCUGGAUGAGGUUUUGCAGACAAACUCCGUUUUCGUCAAUGUCUCCAAAGGACAGGUGGCCAAAAAGGACGACUUGAGCAAAGCUUUUGGCACAGAUGACUUGACUGAAAUCUGCAAGCAGAUCCUGGCCAAAGGGGAGCUCCAGGUGUCCGACAAGGAACGGCAGUGUCAGCUGGAGACCAUGUUCAGGGACAUCGCCACCAUCGUGGCCGACAAGUGUGUCAACCCCGACACCAAGAGGCCGUACACAGUCAGCCUGAUCGAGCGUGGCAUGAAGGACAUCCACUACUCUGUCAAGGCCAACAAGAGCACCAAGCAGCAGGCUCUGGAGGUGAUCAGGCAGCUGAAGGAGACCAUGCAGAUCCAGCGGGCCCACAUGAGGCUGCGUCUUCUGCUGCCGGGCAAAGAGGCCAAGCGGCUGAAGGAGAAGCUCAAACCUCUCCUGCAGGUUGUCGAGAGCGAAGACUUUGAGGAGAACCUGGAAAUUGUGUGUCUGGUGGAUCCUGGCUGCUACAGGGAACUCGGCGAGCUGAUCCGCUGCGAGACCAAAGGCCGAGGCUCUGUGGAGGUGGUCAGUCUGAAGGAUGUGGAGGAGGGUGACGAGAAGCUGUAGGGAAACGGAAACGUUAUCACACUUUGCAAAGGCCUUUAAGCACUAAUUCAGUCUAAAUAAAAACUAUUUUGCUGUG